UUACGUCAUAAAAUGUCUCUGAGUCUCUUCAACGUAGUUUUAUUUUAUAAAAUUGUUUAACGUUGCUAAGACUUGCAAUCAACAAUGUGAACAAGCUCACAUAGCCAUUUACGUGUCCAUAAUAAAAGAAAAUUCAAUUUGCACUACUUAUAUAAAUUUGCUUUUACCCCUUUUGUACGUCAUAACUUUUCAGCGACCAUAUAUAAUCAACGAAUGAUAUAUAUAUACCAGCUAAAAAAGUAAGCAGUAAAUCCGAUCGGCUAUUUAUAAUUGUAAAAGAAAAAUAAAAUAAUUAAAUAGUGUCAGCACAAGAUGCAUGCAAUAUCCAUAUACAAGUAGUACAUAUAUAUAUGACAAAAUAUACAUAGCUUAAAGGAACAAAACCUAGGGAAUUACAAAAUAUAUAUUGCAACAUAGGUAGCUCUAUGUAAUCCAAGAGUUUGAUGUUCAAAUAAUUGUUUUAUUAUUGUUGGGACAAUCAAUUUAUUAUAUUAUAAUAUAACCAUUGAUCAAGCAGUAAAUACUCCUUCAUCCUUAUUAGAGAUUUCGGGCUCAAAUUUUAUGCAUGCGACUGCCUUUGGUACGGGAUUUCCAAUCACGAAUCUGAAGUAGUCAUGCCUCAAAAUAGUUUCCGCAAACUGAACAAGAAUUUUUUUUUUUCUAAUUAUAACAUAUGCAGAGAGUUUCAGAGUCUUGAAAGUCAAUCAUAUAUAUAUAUAGGGAAAAAGGUUCGAAAUAUACCUAAAUUCUAACGAAAAUUAUUGUAACACGUCUCAACUUUGUGGCGGUCCUAUGAACCCCCUAGAUCAUUUAUUACUGUAUUUUUGUGGCAUAUAUUUGCUUAGCUGGACCACUUCAGACCCUUACACGCUCAGUGUGCAUGUAUUCAGACACAGUAGUCCAGGUGAGCAAAUACAUGCCACAAAAAUACGUUAAAAAAUAAUCUAGGGGGUUCACAGGACCGUCGCAAAGUUGAAGCGUGUUGCAACAAUUUUUGUCAGAAUUUAGGUAUAUUUCAAACCUUUUUCUCUAUAUAUAGAUUCCAAAAUGAAAUGAAAUGAGAAAAUCAAAGAGGCUUUUGAAUUUUUCUCUCUUUUCUUCUUCUUUAAUACAUCUUAAUUUUGUUUUUAAUUAUAAUGUCAAAUGCACAAAACUUUGUACAAUACAAAUGGUGGAUCCACAUAUCAAUAUAUUCAAUUUUUGUUCUAAGUGGUCAAGCAAUUGGUACACUCUUAGGUAAACUCUAUUUUAAUAAAGGUGGAAAUAACAUAUGGUUAGCUUCAUUAUUACAAAAUAUUGGUUUCCCAAUUCUCAUCCCUUUUCUUUUACUAUCAUCAACCAAUAAUAACAACAAUAAUUUCGAUAACCGUGUUGUUCGAGUCAGCUUUCAUGCACCUGAACUGAAUCGACGAAAUACCCGACCAGCUUUCUUGGUUCUUGUGCCUCUUUAUGUAUCACUUGGUUUGUUUUUAGGUGGAAAUUGUAUGCUUUACUCUAUAGGUCAAUUUUAUCUUCCUGCUACAACUUAUACACUUUUAUGUACUAGUCAAUUGGGAUUCAAUGCUUUUUUUUCAUUCUUUUUGAACAAACAAAAAAUCAAUUAUUUCAUAUUAAACUCUUUAGUGCUUCUCACUAUAUCCUCUUCAUUACUUUUGUUCCAAAAAAAUGAAUAUGAUGACACAAAUAAUACCAACAAGAUCACCAAGAGGAAGUACAUAAUUGGUUUUGUAUGUACACUUGCUGCAUCUGCUGGCUAUGGACUCAUGCUAUCGCUUACGCGGCUAGCGUUUGAGAAGAUAUUUAAGACGGAGAGCCUGCGAUUGGUUGUAGAGAUCGCGAUGUACGAGUCGUUGGUGGCGUCCAUCGGGAACGCGGUGGCGGUUUUUGCAAGUGGAGGGUGGAGGGAUUUGGAGCAAGAGAUGAAUGAGUUUGAACUUGGGAAGAAAUCAUAUGUGUUGAAUUUGGUUGGGACAGCAAUAUGUUGGCAAGUAUUCACAGUUGGUUCAAAUGGAUUGAUUUUCAUGGUGUCUUCAUUGUUCUGUAAUGUGAUUAGUAUAGUUGGUGUGCCAAUGGCACCUGUUUUGUGUGUUGUGUUUCUUCAUGAGAAGGUGAGUGGUGUGAAGGUGGUGUCUGUGGUGUUGGCUAUGUGGGGUUUCUUGUCAUAUAUGUAUCAGCAUUACCAGGCCGAGAAACGGAAUGGUUCGAUGUACGAAGUAUCCCGAUUUCAGACAGGAUCACAUGAAGGACCGGAAGCAUCCCCAGGGAGUGUGACGUAGACAGCUUGCCUUGAAGCAUGUAUGAACAAUUGAUUCCAGACCUAGAAGCAAGGGGCACAUACUUAGGGGGGUGCACAAAGUAUCCCGUGUUCAGGCAGGGUCACAUCAUGAAGGACCGCAUCCCGAGGGAGUCUGACGUAGACAGCUUACCUUGAGGCAAGUAUCAACACUUGAUUCCAUACCUAGAAGCAAGGGCCACAUACUUAGGGGGCGUGCACAAAGUAUCCUGCGAUCAGGCAGGGUCACAUGAAGGACCGCAUCCUGAGGGAGUGUGACGUAGACAGCUUACCU